GAAUCACAUGACACAACUGUGAACUCACAUUGUAUUGGUUAAAAUCUACAACGUUCUAUUCCCUGAUUGGUUAAAACAUUUCUAGGGGGUCAAAUAUGAGGUCACAAAGGCUUGAAAGAUAACAAAUUUUGACACAGAAACCCCGGAUUAAAGAUGAGGUUAAUGCAAUUUAUACGAAAUGGCAUGCAAUAUAUUGGAUUGGAACUGAAACAAGGGGGUGAUUUACUCAACUUAAACCAGGCAGAUCCAAAAAUCCCCUCUGAUUUGCGUACAUUUAUCGAGGGGGGAAGUGACCUAUGGAAAGCGGCUGCAAGCUUGUCAUCUAGAACUGACUGCAUUGUGAAGAGAGACAGUGUGAAGUUACUAGCUCCAGUAACAUCAUGUGAUAAAGUGUUAUGUAUUGGAAUGAACUAUAUAGAUCAUUGUGAAGAACAGAAUGCUCCAGUACCUGUAGAACCAGUCAUCUUCAACAAGUUCCCUAGCUGUAUAAUUGGCCCGAAUGAUAGCUUAACAUACCCUAGAGAAACAGAGUGUUUGGACUGGGAAGUGGAAAUGGUUAUAGUUAUCGGGAGAGAAGCCAAAAAUGUUCAGGUGAAGGAUGCAAUGCAGUAUGUGUUUGGUUACACAGUAGCAAAUGAUGUCAGUGCCAGAGAUUGGCAGUUAACUCCAGGAAAAAAUGGUGGUCAGUGGGUCAUUGGCAAGGCAAUGGAUGAGUUUUGUCCCCUUGGUCCAUCCAUCGUCACACCAGAUGAGUUAGGAGAUCCACAUAACCUUGGCUUAAGGUGUAGGGUGAAUGGUGUCACAAAACAGGACAGUAACACAAAUCAGUUAGUGCACAAAACAGAACAGAUGAUAGCAUUUAUAACAAGGUUUAUGACUUUGAAACCUGGAGAUCUCAUUUUGACUGGAACGCCACCUGGUGUAGGCUGCUUUAGAAAACCACCAGAGUAUCUCAAGAGAGGAGAUGUAGUGGAAGUUGAGAUAGAUGGAAUUGGAACAGUUGUCACAAAGAUUGUAUAAUAACUGUGAAAAAUCCAAAAUCAUUGUUCAAUAUAUGUCCUUUUAAAUGUCAUUUGAAAUGUUAAACAGUGCUUGAAAUGCAUUGACUUAUUUUCUUUAUCAGUAUUAUGGUCAAGAAUUGGUUGUGAACAGUUGUAGUUUAUUACAGCUUUUAUAAAUAGAUACAAUACACAGGUGCUGGUCACUUAUUUAUUCAGGGAUAAUUGAUAAAUGUUAAUGAACUGAUUAAAUUUAUGAAAAAGAAA